CUCUGCUGGAAACGGCGAUAUGCUGUCUGCCAAGAUUACCCUGCUAUUUGGACUCGCAGCACUGUUACAAUUAUCAACAGCAGCACCAGACAGCGCAGGAAAAGUGGAGAUGGUAAAUGGAUUAGCGUACGGUGGAAUUCCAUAUGGUAGUGUGAGCGGCAUGCUCGCGAAAUAUCCGGGAUAUGGACAAGUCAAUGCCGAAGCUCAAGCUAGACAAUUGAACAUUUUUAGUAACACUCAACGGCCGGUAAUUAUCACGCCGAAUUUCCGAGCAGUUCGACUUGUGGGAAUUUCACCUCGACCUGUGCAAAUUUACAAUCUUCCUGGAGUCAUCGCUCCUGGUGUCGUCGGCACGAUCAGCCAAAUCGGCUAUUAAUCUACUGAAAUUAGACUGCCAGAAUGAUCUCGUCGUAGCCAUAAAAAUCAUAAAUUAAUCAAUCAAGCUUCCGUCUUUUCACUAUAAAAUUCUUUAGCAGUGAAAGUGUUUAUAUCGCAAAAUUAUACCUUGAAGCACAAUAUUAGCAAUUAUGAUAUGAAAUAAAAAUGAUAAAGGAUUAUUAAUUAAUGCUGUCCGUUGAAUUAAUUUACGCAACAUGGAAGUUGCAUGACGGCUUUCACGUAAAUUAAUAAUAAUCACUUUUUGAAAAUAUUUUUUAAAAUUUUAAUUAAAAACAGAAACU